AUGCAUGCGUUUUAUUUGUCUGUAAUGGAGCAGCUUGACCAGCUUCCUGUGAAAGCAUGUGGCCGGGGAAGGGACAAUGCGUGGAUCAUUACAUUUCCAGAAAACUGUAACUUCAAAUGUAUCCCAGAGGAUGUAAUUGGAAAAGUGCUCAAUUAUUUGACAUCUAUUGCAAGACAAAGUAGCUCUGAUACCCGAUUUACUGUUAUUCUGGAUCGAAGACUGGAUACAUGGUCUUCCCUCAAAAUUUCCCUCCAGAAAAUCUCAGCCUCUUUCCCUGGGAGCUUGCAUUUAGUCCUGGUUUUACGGCCUACUAGUUUUCUUCAACGGACUUUCACGGACAUUGGAUUUCGAUUUAGCCAGGAGGAUUUUAUGCUGAAAUUACCAGUUGUUAUGCUGAGCUCAGUUAGUGAUUUGCUGACAUACAUUGAUGACAAGCAAUUAACCCCUGAGUUAGGCGGCACCUUGCAGUACUGCCACAGUGAAUGGAUCAUCUUCAGAAAUGCUAUAGAAAAGUUUGCUAUUACAGUGAAAGAGAUGGCUCAGAUGUUGCAGUCCUUUGGAACAGAACUGGCUGAAGCAGAUCUACCAGAUGAUAUUCCUUCAAUAGAGGAGAUUCUGGCAGUUCAUGCUGAAAGGUAUCAGCUCCUGAAGAAUGACUUAACAGCUGUAACCAAAGAAGGAAAAAUUCUGCUCAAGAACCUGCAAGUGCCUAACACUGAAGAAACUGUCAGUUCAAGUCUUGAACGUCCUCAGAACAUAAAUGGUGACUGGCAAACUAUUAAUAAGUUGCUGUCUCAAGUGCAUGAUAUGGAAACUGCUUUUGAUGGAUUUUGGGAAAAACACCAGCAAAAAAUGGAGCAGUAUCUGCAGCUGUGGAAAUUUGAGCAAGACUUCCAAGAGGUUAUGACUCAAAUUGAAUUGUUAUUAAGUCAACAAAAAGAACUGAGUGAUGCAACAGGGAACUUAGCUCAAGUAAAACAAAGACUUAAAAAAAUAGAGAACUUGGAUGAAAAAUCUCAGGAGCUGUUACCCAAGGCCCGACUUGUGAUACUACAUGGCCACAAGCUUGCAUCGAAUCACCACUAUGCACUUGAUUUAAUCUGCCAGAGGUGCAAUGAGCUACGCUACCUUUCUGAUAUUUUGGUUAGUGAGAUCAGGGCAAAGCGGAUAGAGCUGAGCAGAACUUUCAAAAUUCACAAACUCCUACAGCAGGCACGUCAGUGCUGUGAUCAAGGAGAAUGCCUCCUGGCCAAUCAGGGAAUGGAUAAAUUCCAGACUAAAGAAGAUGCUAAGAAAGCCCUUCAGGAUGUGGAAAAUUUCCUUCAAAUGGCUAUGCCCUUUAUCAAUUAUGAUAUUGAGAAUCUGCAAUAUGAAUUUGAUGUACUCCUGUCUCCUGAACUCAAGGCUCAGAUGCAGACUGUACAACUCAAGCUUGAAAACAUUCGAAGCAUAUUUCAGAACCAACAGGCUGGUUCUAAGAACCCAAAAGAUAAACCUGAGAAACCAGUCCAGUUUGUGAUGCCUGCACCUGAAAAUUUGAUAAAAUCCAAAGCAAUGUUUUUCUCACCUAAACAUGUGGGAGUUGGAUAUUCUUUCUUUCAAGCAUGUAAACUUUUUUCAAAAGUGAAGAAGUCUUGGAGACAGACUCAAACACAGAGCAAAAUUGAAAUCAUUCGAGAUAGCCAAGAGAAGAGGAAUUCUGAUCAGCCUCCUGGAUUGGACAAUAGCUUGGAUGUUUUAAAGAACCAUGUCCUGAAUGAGCUGAUACAGACAGAAAAGGCAUAUGUUCGAGAGCUGUUUACUGUUUUGUUGGGCUACAGAUCCGAGAUGGACAAUCCACAGAUGUUUGAUCUUAUGCCACCUCUCCUGAGAAAUAAAAAGGAUGUUCUCUUUGGAAAUAUGGCAGAAAUAUAUGAAUUUCAUAACAACAUUUUCAUGAGCAGCUUAGAAGAUUGCUCUAAUGCUCCAGAGAGAGUUGGACCUUGCUUCCUGAAAAGGAAGGACGAUUUUCAGAUGUAUGCCAAAUACUGUCAGAAUAAACCCAGAUCAGAGUUAAUUUGGAGGAAGUAUUCAGAAUGUGCCUUUUUUCAGGAAUGUCAACGAAAAUUAAAACAUCGACUUGGUCUGGAUUCCUAUUUGCUCAAACCAGUUCAACGAAUCACUAAGUAUCAGUUACUUUUAAAGGAGCUCUUAAAAUACAGUAAAGAAGGUGAAGGGACAGCUCAGUUAAAGGAGGCACUUGAUACAAUGCUGGACUUACUGAAAUCAGUGAAUGAUUCCAUGCACCAGAUUGCAAUCAAUGGCUAUAUUGGAAAUCUGAAUGAGCUGGGUAAAAUGAUUCUGCAAGGUUCAUUCAGUGUUUGGCUGGGACACCGGAAAGGUGCUACAAAAAUGAAGGAUUUCGCAAGAUUCAAGCCCAUGCAGAGACACCUUUUCUUGUACGAAAAAGCUGUUAUGUUUUGUAAGAGACGUGUUGAAUCUGGCGAAGGUGCUGAUAGAUACCCAUCAUACAGUUUUAAGCACUGCCUAAAAAUGGAAGAAGCUGGAAUCACGGAACACGUGAAAGGUGAUAACCGCAAGUUUGAAAUAUGGUAUGGUGAGAAGGAGGAAAUUUAUAUUGUUCAGGCUCCAAAUAUUGAUGUGAAGUUGUUAUGGUUAAAAGAAUUAAGAAACAUUUUACUGAAGCAGCAGGAACUUUUGUCUGCUAAAAGAAGGCAAGAUCAGCUAAGAGAGCGGGAUCAACUUUCCCCUCAGCAACAGAAAGCCGAAAAGCAAGAGGCAACUCUUGGAAGUGCUGUAGAAUUGGAAGCAGAGGCAGGAGCAGAGGUGGAACAAGCCAGUGGUGUGGUGGAGGCCAGGGAGGCAGCUGUGCCAGUUCAGGCAAAAGUAAAUUCUGCAGCUUGGAUUAAGAUGCCACCAUCUACAGAAGACCCUGAAACAUCCACAGGAAGUUCAAACAACUAUUUCUACCCUACUUACAAAGACAAUGGAAAAGAUAGGUCACAGAUGGUUAGUAUGACAUACUACAUCAAAAUUCCCGAGGCAGUUUUACUGAUGAAACAAAUAGGGUACAUAAAGAACAACUUUCGGAUGAUGCAGAGUUCAGAAGUCCUGGGGGUCGGGGGCAUUAGUAAAUUAUCUUGA